CUCAAUCUGUAGGGGGCUGAAAGUGUGUUCGGAGCUGUAGUUGUCAGAGGAGACCGUCGUGACGGCGCUGCCUUGGAAACACUCUUUAGAGUUUGAGCGCAAGUGUGUUUGGGGAAGGAGGGAGGUGAGGAAGAAGUGAUAGCCUCGGGACAGAUAAGCUCCAGGGAAGGGAAAGAGGGAGGGAACAAGAGAGGGAGCAGGAGGGAGAGGUGGGUAGCUCUCUCUUUCUCUUUCAGUCAGACUUGCUGGUCUCCUCGUCUGCGGUCCUCUCGGGUUCUCUCUCUGCCGUUGGCUCAGCUGGAGGAGUUUAGCUGUUUUUUGGCUGGAUUUGAACAUGAACUGAAGAGCUACACGCAGCGAGACAUGAGGAGAGUCACCGGAGAUUCACUGAGUGCCAGCAGCUCUGUCUUUCUGAAGACAUUUGUGGCAUGAAGCCAGAUCGCAUACAUCCUUCAUUCAUUAACUCCUCCUCUUUCAUCUCCACCCACAACUCUCCGGUUAGGAACUCUCACUUCAGCUCCACCGCAUUGAUGAGGUAGCGUCAAGCUCUACGCAGCGCAGCAUCCACCUGCACAAACACCACCCUCCCCCCCUUCCGUCCCCUCCUUCUGUCAACCUUUCCAUCGCAGCCAUGGGGCAGAAGAUCUCCGGGGGCAUCAAAUCGGUGGAUGGUCGCGGGGAAAGCGGUGGCUCCCCGUCCUACCGACCUUCGGCUCAACGCCGGCAGCACCCAGAACUGAGGGGCCCUGAUUUCGCCAAGCCUCCCAGGUUGGAUCUCCUACUGGACAUGCCAUGUGCUGGACUGGAGACCCAGCUCCGUCACGCUUGGAACCCUGAGGAUCGUUCGCUCAACAUCUUCAUAAAAGAUGAUGAUAAACUGACAUUUCAUCGCCACCCGGUUGCUCAGAGCACAGACUGCAUCCGGGGGCGGGUCGGAUACACAAGGGGCCUCCACGUGUGGAGGAUCCACUGGCCCUCCAGGCAGCGUGGCACACAUGCCGUCGUUGGGGUGGCAACCUCAGAAGCUGCUUUACAUUCUGUUGGCUACACGGCGCUGGUGGGGUCGGACUGUGAAUCCUGGGGCUGGGAUCUGGGACGCAACCGGCUCUACCACGACAGUAAGAACAGGUCCCACGGCUCGCUGCCCUCUUACCCCUGUUUCCUGGAGCCGGAGGAGUCGUUCACCCUGCCGGACUCUCUGCUAGUGAUUCUGGACAUGGACGAAGGGACGCUGAGCUUCAUGGCGGACGGACAGUAUCUAGGAGUUGCAUUUAGAGGACUGAAAGGCAAGAAGCUGUAUCCCGUUGUCAGCGCUGUGUGGGGACACUGUGAGAUAGCCAUGAAGUACAUCAACGGCUUGGAUCCCGAGCCUCUUCCUUUGAUGGAUCUGUGUCGGCGUGCAGCCCGCCUGGCUUUGGGUCGGGAGCGGCUUCAGGAGAUCGAGAGCCUCCCUCUGCCCCAGUCCCUGAAAAGUUACCUCCAAUACCAGUGACUGACACACCAGCAGAGCCAACUGGGAGUAAAGGACACAAACCAGACCACCGGAAAGUCUAGAGAUGGAUGAAUAAAAUGUAUUAAUUAAAGGAUGCAAGGAGAGGAUUAUGGAUGGAAGCAUGUCCACACUGAGAGCGCCAUAGCUCGACAAAAGAUGGAUUUAUUAAAAGGAUUGAGAGUAAGAUGAAUGAAGAACUGACAGAGGAGGUCCAGGCUUUCAAACAAAGACGGCACCAGCUUAUUUUGGAUUUCGAGCUGCUUUAUCAUUUGUUUUUGACUUGAAAUAAAUUAUUGAUGAUGGUAUCCCAUCAGUGUCUCACUCAUCCAGAAAGAAAACCCAUUCGAUGUGGUUAAGAGGUAACAGUGUUCCGAUGACCACUGCCACCUAGUGAUGAGAACGAACACUGCGCUGAGAAAGCACACUAAUCCUUUCCCUGGAGGCCUUUCCUGACAUACAGUCAGUGACCAUAUCAUUGCUGUUGGGCACCAUAGCCUGUAUUCAUGGUCUGCACUGACACAGGCGACAGGCUGCAGUGCCCAGACGAAUGAAAGAGGAUUCAGCACUGAUGUUGUUUUUAUCUGAUUGACUCGGGGCCCGACCAAAAAGCUCACAUCUCAUACAGAGUAGAUCAAAAACAUGGCUGCAAGGUGUGUGUGCAAAGUUCAGUAGAUAGAAAUAAGCACGGUGAACUCAUCUCCUGGCUUUAUGCAAACAUUUGAUGAGCGCGAAGCCCUUUUCAGACAUGGAAUAAGUGACGUCUGUCAGUUAAAGUGAUGGCUUUCUGUCAUUCAGAGAUGGUAAAAGUUUGUUAUGGAUAUAUUCACAAUGCUCGUACAGUAUUUUGUACCUGGUGCAGGUGGUGGAAUUGAAAGAUAAUGAUAUGAAGGAAGAAUAUUGCAUCAGUGAUGGAUUUUUAAAAUGUGUUUUAGCCUUAAUUGAUGACCAUAGUCGGCGUGAAAGAAGCUCACCACCAGUUCCCACUCAUCAGUUUCAUCAUUUAUUAGUUUAUUUUAUAACAUUCAUUUUAUUUUGCUGCCUUUUAUACUAGAAUUGCCAAGUACAAAAUGACGAGACGUUACAUUGGAUUUCUCGUUUCCUUAUAUGCUGUAUGUAAAGAACUUUUAUAUGCAGCAUAUGUAUCAUUUCAUCCAUGCAGUUAGCCUAAACAUAACUUGAAAAAUGAAGGCGGGUCUGAUCAUUUUUAUGAUCUGACAUCUAGAUAUUUGAUCAGAUUUGAUUGACAAUAAUCCGAACAACCCACCAAAUUGCAAUCCGAUUUCAAUUUAAAUAUUGCUGAAUUGCUGAUUGAUGGAUGGAAAUAUGUGCAUCACCUUUUUCUAAAUGAGCUCAGCCUCUGAUAGAAGAGGAAAUGCACAAAUCUCUAAUAUGAAACAAGCAAAACCUUUCUAACUUCCAACUGAAAGUAAUGUUCUUGUAGAACCCCAUCGAUCAUAGUAGCAGCUGAGGGAGAAAACACUUUUUAAGAGCUUUUAAUUAGUGAACAAGACAUGCAUUUAAUCCUUUUAUGUGCAUAAUUUGUGCUGCUGGGGCCUUUAUGAUAGUGUGGAUAUAUCCAAUUAAAACUUGCAUGGUGUAAGAAGUGUUAUAGAAAUGUUAGUAGGUCCAACUUAUUAGGAUUGCCGUCAAGGAACUAUGUGUCUGAAAGGGGCUUUAAUGCAGCAGUGAACAGGAGAGAAGUGCUUGGUUUGUUAAGUAGCACUGAGAACCAAUACUCACAGGACACUAAAUCAUGUAUUAUGAUGUCAAUCACAACCAAAGUAUUUCAUACUAAAGCCUUGGAGUGUGUGAAUGCGUCUGUAGGAGCUGUAGGUCGUGGCCCAUCACAGUGUAACUAGUGCUAUCAUGCUGUUGGCAGUAAGAAGAGCCUCGCCUGCUGUUGUAGCAGCCUGCUGUAGCUCACUGGUACCAGACAGUAUCUGUCUGCUGUCCGCACAACUGUCUUAAUGACCACAAACAAACAAACAAACAAACAAACAAACAGACAGGACCAUAGCAGAUCUAGUCUCACUGGAUCUUUAAGAAAGGCUGGAGCAGGAUGUAGGAACAUUACUGCUACUGCAGCGCAGAGCAGAUUCUGGCUCAGAAUAGGAUGCAGUUGACCAAUGCGUGCGCACAGACACACACACACACACACACACACUGUAGAUCAAUCAUGUUUUCUUUCCUAAAAAAGGCU